AUGGAGAUGGCGAAGGGUAAGAAGUCCAAGGGAAGGAAGAAGACCGAGAUCAAGCCCAUCGAGAACGAGACAGCGCGUCAGGUACGCUUCUCCAAGCGCCGGCAAGGCCUGUUCAAGAAGGCCAGCGAGCUCUCUAUUCUCUGCGGGGCAAUGGUUGCUGCUGUCGUGUUCUCAGCGAGUGGUAGGUCCUUCUCCUUUGGCCAUCCCUCCUUUGAUGAUGUUGUGAACAGAUUCCUCAGUCCGGUCCCUACUGAUGCGCCUGCGCCGGGUGGCAAUGAGGAGGGGUCCAUGACAGAUGCUGUCCGUAGGCUGAACAUGGAGUACUUAGAGUUGGAGCAGUCACUGGAGGCUGAAGAGAAGAGAAAGGAGAGGUUGCAAGAGGCAACCGAGAAGUUAAUGGGUGAACGCGUGAUGCAGUGGCUGAAUGCUAAUAUCUUUGAGUUGGGUCUAGAUGAGCUCCAAGAGUUUCAAAAGAAACUGGAAGAGAUACAUGUUAUUGUCAAACAGAAGGUCGAUGAGGUGAUGGUUGAAGGGAGGCAAACCCCAAGGUCACUGCCACACCCACCUAUGGAGAUGGCUUCGACCUCCCAGAGUGCCUAUCCCAAUCCCUAUGGCUUCGACCUCCCUGAGUGCCUAUCCCAAUCCUAUGGCUUCGACCUCCCUGAGUGCCAAUCCCAAUCCUAUGGCUUCCUCAUCAGCUCCGAGUUCGAGCCUUGCACUGAUUGA